AGCUACAUCUGUACCAUUUGCUGGGUGGCAGCAAAACGUUUGAAUUGUUGGAUCUGCCAUUCUAAAAUCAAAUCCAUUCCUCUUUGCCGCAAGAAGUCGUACGUGAAAAAAGAUGCCCCUCAAGUUUUUUUUAUGCGGAAAUGAUGCGGUUUGCACUACAUGGUUCUGGCAUUGAGGAGAUGAUGCUAGAAAAUAUAUCGAAUCAGACCAAUGUUACUGAGUUACUGUGUGAACUUUUUUCGUAACGUAACAUGCGGUUAUCUUAUACACUUGAAUGUAAUUUGAUAACGUUGGUCGAUACUACGAUACAAAGAAGACCUAGAUUUCUUCACGAAUUCUGUGGGGAUUAGGAUAGGAAACAACUUAAAAUUAAUAAGUCGGCUAAUAUUGCUCAUAAAGUUCAUAUCAAUACUAAUAUGUGUUUAAAUUGUUUAAUUAUGCAAAAGUUGUUUAAUAAUCUUGAAAUCGUGUUAUCUUUGUUAUAGAAUCAUCUGCACGUAGCCAGAAAAUUGUAUCAUGUGCAUCAUGUGUUGCAUAAGAUUAAUCGUGUUGUGAAAAAUUACGUGUCAUUUGUCACUGUCAAAGUACUGAAUAGCAGACAGAAAAGUGAAAACAAUAGCAACUUUUUCUCUUAUAUUUGUGAUUUCUGUUAAAAAUUGUUGAUCAACUAAAAUCCUAGCUAUGUCGAAGCCAGGAUCCUCAAGUGAACCCGAGUCGCAGGCUCAAACAGCCCAGAAGAACUGGGAAAUGGCCAAUAAUGUAGAAGUGGUGAGCUCGGUGGACGAAAUCUAUCGUUACGACAAAAAACAGCAACAGGAUAUUCUAGCUGCUAAACCAUGGGAGAAAGAUCCUCACUUCUUCAAAGACAUAAAGAUAUCAGCGUUGGCUCUACUAAAGAUGGUGAUGCAUGCAAGAUCCGGUGGAACUCUGGAAGUCAUGGGGUUGAUUUUGGGCAAAGUUGAUGGGAACACAAUGUAUGUCAUGGACUCUUUUGCCCUUCCAGUUGAAGGAACAGAGACUAGAGUGAAUGCCCAGGCACAGGCUUAUGAAUAUAUGAGUUCUUACAUUGAAGCAGCGAAACUGGUUGGAAGACAAGAAAAUGCAAUAGGGUGGUAUCACAGCCAUCCUGGCUAUGGCUGUUGGCUAUCAGGAAUUGAUGUCAGUACACAAAUGCUUAAUCAAAACUUUCAAGAGCCAUUUGUUGCUAUUGUUAUUGACCCAGUCAGAACAAUAUCUGCAGGAAAAGUAUGUUUAGGAGCUUUUAGGACCUAUCCUAAAGGAUAUAAACCAGCAAAUGAGGAACCCUCAGAGUAUCAGACAAUUCCUUUAAACAAAAUUGAAGAUUUUGGUGUUCACUGUAAACAGUACUAUUCCUUGGAGGUUUCCUAUUUUAAGUCGGCUUUGGAUAGAAGGCUGCUCGACUCCCUAUGGAAUAAAUACUGGGUGAACACUCUCAGUUCAUCUAGUCUACUUACCAAUGCUGACUAUACUACUGGGCAGAUUUUCGACCUUUCUGAGAAGUUGGAGCAGUCUGAAGCUGCAAUUGGUCGUGGAGGGUUUAUAGUCGGCGGUGCAGAUCCCCACGAAAAGAGGACAGAAGACAAACUACUCAAAGCCACAAAAGACAGUUGCAAAACUACUAUUGAGAUCAUCCAUGGAUUGAUGGCCCAGAUGAUCAAAGAUAGGCUUUUUAAUAGUGUUGCUCCAAAUAGCGUCACUUCCAAGUGAUUGGAUCCCUAACGAUAGGGUUGAUGAAGAUUAUGUAUUUUGAUGUGUAUUUUUUUUUCAAUAUGAUGAACUUUGUAUCUAUAAAUAAAAUAAGUAUAAAAUCCUAUCUCUUACAUCUUUAGUAAUAGCUUAUUUGGAACUCUAGUCGAGUAUGCUAUUUUGAAACAUGUUGGAUAUCGCCUUGACGAGAAAACACUGUAAUGUGAUAUAUUUGAAAUAAAACAAAUAACUGGCAACCAAA